UGGGCAAGGGUUAGCAGCUCAGGGGACACUUUGAUUAAACCCCAGUCUGGGUGGCCUGAGUGGUUGACUCCGGACCCCGUGAUGAUUCUCCCUCCCCUGGCUAUUAUAAACACUCCCCCCACUGGACCCUGGCAAAGCUGUUAAGCCGGCAACUGGGUACCAAACAGUUCUGUGUCACAUGAGAGGCCUGGCUGGAGUCAUAGUGGCCCAGGAUACUAUUCUUAGCUGCAGGAAUGUACACAGUGGCCUCAUGGCGAGCGCCACAGCGCCUAACUGGAGAGCCUUGUCGUUUUUCUGCUUCCUCUCACUCCCCGAGUAUACACCACCCAUGCUCUCUGCAGACUAUGUUUUGGUUCUCUGGUGGUUGGAACUGAUGGUUUUUCAGACCAGACUGACAAGAUACUUUGGAUAUUGUUGAUUUUCUGAGGGGCAGGAGCUUUACACAGAAUGGCCUGCAGACCAUGUGAGGUUUUCUCCUUCAAAGACUCAGAACUUCCCUCCCACCUCCAUGCCCAGCUCAACAUCCUCCGGCAGGAGCGUAUCCUGACGGACGUCCUGCUCUGCGCCGAGCAUCAGGAGAUCCCCUGCCACAGGAACGUCCUGGUGUCCAGCAGCCCGUACUUCCGCGCCAUGUUCUGCAGCAACUUCCUGGAGAGCAGCCAGGCCCGUGUGACUCUGAAGGGAAUCUCUUCAAAUGUCAUCAGUGGCAUUGUGGACUAUGUCUACACGGGCUGCAUCACUAUCACGAUGGAGAUUGUGCUCCCGCUCAUGCAGGCGGCAUCCAUGCUCCACUACGGAGGUCUCUUCGAGGCCUGCUCAUUGUUCCUCCAGGGGCAGCUGAGUCCCGAAAACUGUCUGAGCAUGAGCCGGCUUUCUGAGAUCCUCCACUGUGAGAGUUUGCGGGAGAGAGCAAAGGAGAUGGCAGUGAGGUGUUUCUCUGACGUGGCUGCAACAGAGGACUUCUGCGAGUUGUCUCUCCCAGAGCUCAUGUGCUACCUUGAAGACGACCGUCUUUGUGCGGAGGAGGAGCAGGUGUUUGAGACCCUACUGGCGUGGAUCCACCACGACCCGUUCUCACGACGUGGGGCAAUCCAUGAUCUCUUCAAGAAGGUCCGUCUGCGCUACAUCCACCCGACUUACCUCUUCCAGUUUAUAGCCAAUGACCCUCUGGUGCAGUCCUCCACGCUCUGCACGGAGAUUAUCGAUUCAGUGCGUCGCCUCAUGCUCACUGUCAGCACUAAGUGUAGCCAUGAGCUCAAGCCCCUGUGGACCACGCCACGCCGCUACACCUGCAGAGAAACACUGGUGGUGGUUGGAGGACGCAAGAACAACGAGCAAACUUCACGGGAGGCUCUGCUAUAUGACGAAAGGACUCAUCGUUGGCAAUGGCUGGCCAAGCUCCCUCUGCGGCUUUACAAGGCUGCAUAUGUGUGCAUUCACAGCAUCCUGUAUGUGCUCGGCGGCCUGAGCCUCUGCAUGGCCUCAGGCGACAGCUCGGUCAGCGCCACAGUUUACACACUCUCUCUUAAAACCAACCAGUGGAGGACCGCCGAGCCAAUGUCGGAGCCACGGUACGCCCACCAGAGUGUGUCCUAUCUGCACUUCAUUUUUGUGCUGGGAGGCAUCGGGGUAGACAAGCGAAUCUCUCAGUCAGUCGAGAGGUAUAACAGUAUGUUCAACCAAUGGGAGGCCAUGGCACCGAUGCCCACAGCGGUGCUGCAUCCAGCCGUCGCGGCCAGUGAUCAGAGGAUCUAUGUUUUCGGAGGGGAGGAUGCCAUGCAGAACCCAGUCAGGCUGAUUCAGGUGUAUCACAUCUCUCGCAAUUUGUGGUCGAGGCUUGAGACAAGGACGGUGAAAAACGUUUGUGCCCCUGCUGCCGUCAUAGAGGACAAGAUCUACAUCAUAGGAGGGUACACCAGGCGAAUGAUCGCCUACGACACCAAAGCCAACAAAUUUGUCAAGUGUGAGAAUCUCAAGGAGCGAAGGAUGCAUCACAGCGCCACAGUGAUCAACAACAAGCUCUAUGUCACCGGCGGACGUGUCCUCAACAACCACGAUGUCAUCGAGGACUCGGACUGCUUCGAGUGUUACGACCCAAAGACGGACGCCUGGAGCUCGAAAGGCUCCUUGCCGUACAAGCUGUUCGACCACGGCUCCCUGCCGCUAGUCUGUGUUUCCAACAGACCCAACCCACCAUGACCCAUCAUCAAAUGAGCCGCUUUUGGCGAAUGCCUAGCUGCAGGUUCUUCACCUCCACUUUGCCGUGAUUUAUCGGCCACUGACUAUAUACAAAAGGGGAAACGGUCUCGAACUGACUGCAUUCCUUCACGCAGUUCAGCCUCUGCCACAAUGUAGCGCCAUGUUAAUCCAGACUGACUGCGGUGUCAAUCAAAGGGCGAGCUCGGCUGGCGUGCAGAGAUGUCUUGUCUGAGGCACCUGGGGCUGGAACUGAACCGAGGACCCCGGCGAUGACGAGAGGCCGUCAUACUGCACAGCAAGCAGCUGUCGGGUCACGCAUAUAAUCCAUAAAGCUCUUUCUGCAGAUGGCUGCAAACUAAAAAGUGUUAAUGUGUUUAUUUCCCAGACAUUUACACGCAGCAUGUGACUCUGCCUUGCAGCUGCAGACGACUGCUGCGCCAAAGUUGAAUACGGCGGCGAAUAUCUGGCUGUGUGUUCACUUUAUGCUUUGAAAAAGUCCGACAGCUAAUACAGUUGCACUUUGUAGAAAACACAUUCCUCCGUGACCGACAUGCUUCUAACGGGCUGCACAUGAUGAUGAGAACAAUUGUGACAAGCUCCCAUGGCAGAGUACAUUAGUCCGUCAUGGUCUGUCGUUAGUCUAUAUGGCUGAAAGAGCAGCUUUAUUGAAAUCACAUUAUCUGGGCCAACGUUAUUCCACUUUUUUUCUGGUUAGAUCCAUGACUCUGGGAAUUAUUCCUGCAACACCCCCCAAAACAAAACAUGUUCUGCUUAUCAUUUUGUUUGUCUUCAUGUGCAAUUGUUACAUAAAGAAAAUGGCUUCGCAGGCAGCUAUGUCGACGUGAGGACAUGUGACAAUGCUGCGUUUGAACGUAAAGUGCCCGGUGGGGACGCGUUGACCUGCUGGGCGCAGUUAGGACUUACCACGUUUUUAGGGAGAAUGUCAGGGUUUUGCAGCCCACCCGUUUACUGAUCUGAAACCAGUCUCCCAUUCGCCUGAGGAAACGAUGAGACGACACAGGGAGAUGCCAGAUGUGAUGUAUGACAAAGAGCAGUGAGCCGAUGACACUGUGAAGACAUGUCUCGCCAUCACUGCCGGCCCCCCGCUAUGUUCAUCCUGUAUCGUGACCCUCAUGGAGCAGACACUCACUGCUGUGGUCAACCAGCGUCUGUCCCUUUGACAUGCAUGCCUGUCAUGAGGCUGCAUCACUGAUCAACUGCAUGAUGCACCAUGUGCUGCUGGUACUUGCACGACUGAAAGACCUUUUUUCGUAUUUUUAAAAUCUGUCAUUUCUUGUUGUACAACUGUGUUUUUGGUGCUUCCCUGUGUGUGUCCUGUUUAUUGCUUUGAAUCUCUCCACAUGCAAAAUGCGACUGGUGGUUUCCGGUGUGUUCCGCUCGCUGGUCCCUCGUUGAACAUGGUGCGAACUUCAAUGGCCCUCUACAUGAGUCAUGUUCCCCUUCAUACAUGAGGACGGUUGACACAGACACAGAAGCAUGUUCGCUGGCUAUCAGGUGACACAUUUGCUCUCCGUUCACCGUUAAGUGCCGGAGCAGCAACCGAAGAGUUACCGCGAUAACUUUUUUUUACUUUGGUGUCGUACUGUAAGAAUUAUGACCGAAGGUCAAGACAGUUUAUCGUAGAUGAAAGUAACACGUGGGUUUAUGUUACAGUAAGACUGACAUGUGCCAACUCUUUGACCCCUUUGAGUCCACAUUCUUCUCAUACAAAGUGUCGGCCGUCCACGGAGGAGCUCCACAUCCACAGGCUAAAUGUGUAGUAACCCCCCAAGGUCCCAUCCACCCAAACAGAGCGGGGUAAAUCUGCCUUUUGCUUUCAUGCACCACAUGCUCUGCAACACGCUGCAAGAAAAUUGUAAACCUUGAAUCAAACCCUCUGUUGGCAUCUUUUAAACCCAUUUUCAUGGAACAAUGUCACUGCUUUUAACAUGUGCUUUUUAUUUUUCCAUAAUUCAAUUUUGCCAUUGAUUCCCAUAUGUGUCUGUUCUGCGGCAUGUUUCAGUUUUUGUUUUUUUUUCUGUAAUCUGUCCCUGCUUGUUUUUAUAUAUGAAACUUUUUUUUUAUUUCCUUGCUGCCCAUCUUGACCAAGACUCCCUGGCAGAAGAUAUAUUGUUUGUUUUAUAACCUUCCUGAUUAAAUAAAGGAUGAAUUUUAAAAAA